AUGAAGUUCCUUGCGCUUGCUGCAGCUUUUACUAUCCCAGCCCUGGCCAUGCCAGAGCCAGUUUCAGGAGGUCUCUCUUUGGCUACUAGAGAUGCCGUCAAAUUGAACCAGUAUCGUACAAUGGACGAUUGCCGAAAUGAUCGGAACAUUCUUUAUCACGCGGCUCCAGUCUCAGGAACAUGCUAUAAUAUCGAUGGCCAGACCGGUGCUUUCUUCAUCAACACUGGAGGAUUUUUGGCCAGCAAACCUCAGGUCAGCGUAACACGAUGUCGAGGUGACUACGCUACAAAUAACGACAGCAACCUCAUCACUGUCCCAGACAAUACAUACAAGUUCCUUGUUGCUAAAGUGACUCUAUUUGGUGACGCAACAGCAUGA